GGUCACUUACGUCCUUGUGACGUCACCCCGCCGUUGCCGUUAGGAGGAGGAGGAGGAGGGAGAGAGAGCGAGAAGAGCGAGAGAGGGGGCGGCCUCAUUGCGGCGGCGUAGGGUACGUGCGCUGGUGGCGUCGUGAAGCGGUCAGUUCAGGGGUUCAAAGAGGAAAAACAUGGCGGACAACAAAGGAGGCGGUGGCGGGGAGACGGACGGCUCGGUGAGCAACAACAACAACAGUAGUGGCAGCGGACAAGACGGGAACACCGCGGGAAGCGAGGGCCAGGCCGCGGAUGAGGCGGCCGAGAGCGGGGAUAAGGCAGCGGCCCCAGCUGUUCCGGUGGCUGCCACGGCUGAGGAGAGCCCGGCCCCCUCGACCACCGCGGCCUCCUCGUCCUCCACGCCGGCUCCGGUGAACCUACUGGAUACGUGCGCGGUGUGCAAGCAGAGCCUGCAGUGCCGGGAGUCGGAGCCGAAGCUGCUUCCCUGCCUGCACUCUUUCUGCCGCCGCUGCCUUCCGGAGCCCGAGCGGCAGCUCAGCGUCCCGCUACCCGGCGGCAGCAACGGGGACAUCCAGCAAGUUGGUGUGAUACGAUGUCCAGUUUGCAGACAAGAAUGUAGACAAAUCGAUCUAGUGGAUAAUUAUUUUGUGAAAGACACAUCUGAAUCACCAAGCAGCACUGAUGAAAAGUCUGAACAGGUGUGUACAAGCUGUGAAGACAAUGCAAGUGCUGUUGGGUUUUGUGUGGAAUGUGGUGAAUGGCUAUGUAAGACCUGUAUAGAAGCACAUCAAAGGGUUAAAUUCACGAAGGACCAUAUGAUAACGAAGAAGGAAGAUGUAUCUUCAGAAUCGGUGGGAGCAUCAGGUCAGCGUCCAGUUUUUUGUCCUGUACAUAAACAGGAACAACUCAAACUGUUCUGUGAAACCUGUGACAGACUGACGUGUCGGGAUUGCCAACUUCAGGAGCAUAAAGAACACAGGUACCAGUUUUUGGAGGAAGCAUUUCAGAACCAGAAGGGCGCGAUAGAAAAUCUCUUAGCAAAGCUUCUGGAAAAGAAAAAUUAUGUGCAUUUUGCAGCUACUCAGGUUCAGAACAGGAUAAAAGAAGUGAAUGAAACCAAUAAAAGAGUGGAACAGGAAAUUAAAGUGGCUAUCUUCACAUUAAUAAAUGAAAUUAAUAAGAAGGGCAAAUCUCUUCUGCAACAGUUGGAGAGUGUUACAAAAGAACGACAGAUGAAACUUGUACAGCAACAAAAUGAUAUAACUGGCCUUUCCAGACAAGUGAAACAUGUAAUGAAUUUUACAAACUGGGCGAUAGCAAGUGGUAGCAGCACAGCGUUGUUAUACAGCAAACGUCUUAUUACUUUUCAGCUGCGUCAUAUCUUAAAGGCUCGAUGUGACCCAGUUCCAGCAGCAAAUGGAGCAAUAAGAUUUCAUUGCGACCCAACCUUUUGGGCAAAGAAUGUAGUUAAUUUAGGUAAUCUCAUUGUUGAAAAUAAGCCAACUUCUACAUAUGCGCCCAAUGUGGUGGUAGGUCAGGUUCCCCAGGCAACAAACCAUGUAAAUAAAGCACCUGCACAAAUUAAUUUAGCACAACUCAGACUCCAGCACAUGCAGCAGCAGCAAGCGUACGCUCAGAAACACCAGCAGCUCCAGCAAAUGAGGAUGGUCCAACCACCUGGUCCGCAUCAAAGGCCAUCUGGCCCUCAAGCAAUGCAUCAACAGCACAUCAAAGUGCAAGCUACAGUCCUUUGUUCAUGCAAUCCUCCAAGGUUAAUCAGCAUGCAGAGCAUGCAGAGAAAUAAUAUGAACUGCGUACCUUUCCAAGCGCAUCAGAUGAGAAUGGCACAGAAUGCUGCUCAGAAUGCCAGUCGAAUGCCAGGUGUACCUCGUCACAAUGGGCCUCAGUACUCAAUGAUGCAACCUCAUCUCCAAAGACAGCACCAUUCAAACCCUGGGCAUGCUGGUCCAUUUCCAGUCGUCUCAAUCCAUAAUAAUACAAUCAAUCCAACUAGUCCUACCACAGCAUCCAUGGCAAAUGCAAACCGUGGCCCAACAAGCCCAUCUGUUUCUUCUAUAGAGUUAAUUCCAUCUGUAACAAACCCAGAAAACCUUCCCUCUCUGCCAGACAUCCCACCCAUCCAGCUGGAAGAUGCUGGCUCAAGCAAUUUAGACAACAUACUAAGUAGGUACAUUUCAAUGGGUCACCAGCUCCCUCAACCAACAAGCACUAUGAACCCUUCUCCAGGACCAUCUGCUAUGUCACCUGGAUCAACGGGUUUAUCCAACUCGCACACACCAGUGAGGCCUCCCAGUACAUCAAGCACGGGCAGUAGAGGAAGUUGUGGCUCAAGUGGUAGAACCAUGGAUAGAAAUGCUUUCAAAUCUGAUCCUGUAAAAGUUAAGCAAGAGCCUGGGACAGAAGAAGAGGUGUGUAGUUUCUCCGGACCUGUUAAGCAAGAGAAAGCGGAGGAUGGACGACGAAGCGCAUGCAUGCUAAGCAGUCCGGAGAGCAGCCUGACUCCUCCACUAACCACCACCUUGCACCUGGAAAGUGAUCUGGAAGCUUUGGCUAGUCUGGAGAACCAUGUAAAGAGUGAGCCAAACAGCACAAACAGAAGUUGUGGACAGUCAUCACAUGGUACCCUUGUAAACGGAAAAUCCCCUGUCCGUAGCUCUAUGCAUCGGUCGCCAAGAGGUGGAGGUGAUGGGACAAACAAGGAGGAUGAUCCAAAUGAGGAUUGGUGUGCUGUGUGCCAAAAUGGGGGAGACCUCCUGUGCUGUGAAAAGUGCCCGAAAGUGUUUCACCUCACAUGUCAUGUACCCACACUACUUAGCUUCCCAAGUGGUGAAUGGAUCUGUACGUUCUGUAGAGAUCUGAACAAACCAGAAGUUGAAUAUGACUGUGAUAAUUCUCAACACAGUAAGAAAGGGAAGACUGUACAAGGCUUAAAUCCUGUGGACCAAAUGAAAUGUGAGAGACUACUCCUCUAUCUCUACUGCCAUGAGCUGAGCAUCGAGUUUCAAGAACCAGUCCCUGCCUCGAUACCAAAUUACUACAAAAUAAUUAAGAAGCCCAUGGAUCUGUCCACAGUGAAGAAAAAGCUACAGAAAAAGCAUUCACAACACUACCAGACGCCUGAAGACUUUGUUGCAGAUGUCAGGCUAAUAUUUAAGAACUGUGAAAGGUUCAACGAAAUGAUGAAAGUUGUUCAAGUUUAUGCAGAAACACAAGAAAUUAAUCUGCAGAACGACUCAGAAGUGGCCCAAGCAGGAAAAUCUGUUGCAUUGUACUUUGAGGACAAACUUCCAGAAAUCUACCCUGACAGGACCUUCCAACCAUUGCCAGAGUUUGAACCAGAGGAGGACGAUGGUGAAAUAACAGAGGAUUCAGAUGAGGAUUUUGUACAGCCUCGAAGAAAACGUCUAAAAUCAGAUGAGAAGCCAGUGCAUAUAAAGUGAUUUGAAUGCUCUGAACUUUACACUUUUCUGUAGAAAAAAAAAAAAAUAACUUUAAAGAAGUACUUAUUUAAGUGUUCCUGGAAUAUCUUCUCGCCUACACCAGCUACCGUCAAGGAGAAGCUGGCAGCUUUUAGACAGUAUUAGACCAACUAAUGUUUGUACAGAAGAGUUGAACAUUCUUUUAAAGAAAACAAAUGGAGGAGACAUUGUCACUUUCUUUAGAUUUUUUUUUUGUUUUGUUUUUAGUUUAUUUACUUAAUUUGAUGAACUUUUGCCUCAAGGGACAGUCUAUUAGUAAUCUCACCUAGAUUUUGUGAAAUGUUGAGGACAAUUUCCUUGGUUUGGUAUUCUCAACCGUUCUUUGUACAGCUCUAUAUGUGGACUUGGUGGUUGAUGUUGCUUGUUAAUCUAUUUCUUUCUUAAAGAUCGGACCAGUACAUGGAGUUUACUGUAACACUUUCUCCUCUACUCGUCAGGCUGCUUUGUAGUUUGACUUCUGGAACAGUGAAAAACAUGGUACAGGUUUAAAAUUGCUUUCUGAAUGAUUUUAAUCAUUCUCCAUUUUUUCUUUUUUUUUCCCCCCCAAGUUUUAUUUUAUUUUAACUUGAGUGGUUAGCUGUGUGGGUUAUCCUUCAAAGUUCUGAUAUAUAGAUAUAUAUUUUGUGAAGGAAACGGUUUAACUUGGAUCAUAAAAUCAUUAACUUUUGCUAUGUAUAUAUGAGGAAGCUAAUAAGUGUUCGUAAAUUCAAACUGCAUUAUUUCAGGCAACAGAUUGUCAACCCUUGCUGUUGUCUUGCAUCCAGGACAAGGAAAAAUAAAUUAAGUUACUGGUUAAAUAUUCUUGAUUUUAUCAUAUUUUAACAUCUGAUAGAUGGAAAAUGUUAGUACAUUUGAAAGAAUUACAAAAUUACUUUGUCUUCCUUAACUUUUUGAUUUGUUUAGCAAAUGUGUCAUUUUGCAAUUCUCAUCGUGUCUUACUUGUACAUAGAAUCUCAAGAUGGUAGCCUUUCCAGAUUUGUUUGUUUUUGAGAGUGUGUUCUUUAGAGAUGCUUUCGAUGCAGAGCUUGCUACUACUGCAAAACAUUCUAAAACCACUUAAUGGUCAUAUGUCUGCUAGAAGAAACCCAAUAAAUCCUACAGUCGUUUUAA